AUGGCAGCACCAGCACUCAUCCGACAAACCCGAGACAAAUCAAAUUCUUUCCAAGUUUCUUCUGGUAGCUUUGUCAAGUACAUGGCGUCUUUUGGCUCCCGGCCCCAGAACAGGAGCAUCAAUAACAAGCUGGUCCGCGCGGAACCGUGUGACCUCCCUCGUACACGCUCAACCUUGUGUAGCGCCGUUGACGGUUGCUCACUCACGCGCUGGGAUGCCAUGAUUCUCCUGGAUCUUCUGGGCACGGAUAUCGGGUUCGAUUGCGUGUCAUCCCGACGCUCAGCAUGGGUUCCCUUUUCUGGUCAAGUUGCCGGAAUUAAUAAUCGCAAGGACGGGCGUCAAUUCUGGACAUCACUGUUCGGCCUUCCCAAGAUCAGUUCUUACAUGCAAUCGACGCAAAACAUUUACGAUAAAUUUUUGUCGAUUCAAGAUCACCUUCGGAACAAGCGACUUCUUGUGGCCCACGAUGGUAAAGGGAAGUACUGCAAGUACUUCCGGUCCGAAACGGCUUAUGGGACCAACAUUGCAGACGACCAUGUGCCGUUCAUGAACAAAGGU